UUCAUAAUUUUUAAAUAAUAUUUAUAAAUAUGGCACCAAUCGUUAAUUAUGGAUCGGAAAAUAAUCAUAUUACGGCAUUUGAUGGAACAUUGAAUAUAAUUAGCGUGUGUUCCAUUAUACUUAUGACAGUAGGAGUCCUUGGAAUCAAAUUUAAAUGGUUCCGUGCAAGAAUGACUUUUGGUAAUAAAGAACCAACGAAUAGAAAUGCUGUUGUUGGAGUUUAUAAACAAAAUUUAGAUAAUGAAUUUUCUACUUAUUCAGAAACAAGUACCUCAAAUAUGUACACAUCCGUAGAUCAUAGCGACACACCGAUCCAAAAACAAGAUCCAAAGACAUUCAAAUUCCAAACCAAAGACGAAAGAAUUAACAAUAAAUAUUUCAAUACGAGUGUGACAAAAGUAAAUUUCGAUGAUGUCUUAACAGAAUUAAACUCAAUAAAACCAACUGCAACAACUUCAAAAAAUGAUUUUGAUGAUAACGACAGUGGUUAUUUAAAUGAAAUUAACUCGCCAUAUUUUGAAUCAAACCAUAACGAAUAUUUAACUGUUCUUGACAGUGAUUUACCACCAGAAUUACCGAAAAGUGAUCCACCAAAAUUUGAUGAAAUACUCGAUACCAGUUAUUUAGAUUUAAGGCCAUCGAUGGUUUCGGAUUACGAAAAAGAUGAUAUAGAAUUUUAUUUACCGAAAAAUUCUCCCAAACCUAUAAAAUCACCGAAGAAAAAACGUACACAGAAAGUUGAAUUCGAAAUUGAAGAUGAAGUUCCAGUAACGCCAACUUUUGAAUUUGUUAGAAAAUCAAAUCAAAGUCUUGUAGUUAAUCAGAAUGAUUUAAGCGAACAAUAUUCGAGUACUGCAGCAAAUAUAUUUUUACAAAAUGCAAUUAAAAAUUCUCCAGCUUUUAACAAAAGAAAAUCCAAGCCAAGUGGGAUUUCACCAGCAUUUAAUAAAAGAAGCGAACCGAAUAAGAAACAAUCGACACCAUUGUCAAAGCCUCGCUCGUUAAAAAUGAAUUCAAACGACGAUAAUUUAUCGAUAUCUAGUGGAACAAGUGCUUAAAAUAUUAUAAAAAGUGAAGUGAAAAAUUUAAAAAAAAAAAACAAUCGAAAAACAAAUCUAAACUAGUCUUAUUGUGAAAAAGUAUGUGUUUAUACUGUGGCUCUAUUUACACAAACAAAUAACGUUAAUAAAGACUUUUAACUGUA